GGAAGGAGCGGGCGGGCGCGGGGCGGAGAGGGGCAGAGAGGGCCGGGGUGUCGACAGAGGGCUGGGAAUGCCCAAGGCGCGGGGCCUCUCAGCCGCCUGGUGGCCGCGUCCGGGCGAUGGCGCUCCGUCUGGUGACCGACUUCGAGCUCCGGAAGGACGUGCUCCCGUGGCUGCGGGCUGUGCCCGCGGUCGCGGGGUCGGGAGGUGGCGGCUCAGAAAAUAAUUAUGAGAGCUUACGGGUACUAAAUGUUGAAAGAAAUGGAAAUAUUAUUUAUACUUAUAAGGAUGGUAAGGGAAAUGUCCUCUUUGGAUUAUAUGAUUGCCAAACCAGACAAAAUAAGCAUCUAUAUACCUUUGAGAAAGACUUGCAAGUUGUCAGUUGCUCUGUCAACAGUGAGAAAACUUUACUUGCUGCAAGUUUAGUUCAGUCUACUAAAGAAGGAAGAAGAAAUGAGCUUCAACCAGGAUCAAAGUGCUUAACUUUGUUAGUUGAAAUCCACCCCGUGAAUAACGUGAAGGUCCUAAAAGCAGUGGAUAGCUAUAUUUGGGUACAGUUCCUCUACCCAUAUGUUGAAAGUCAUCCUCUUCCAGAGAACCAUCUCUUACUGAUUUCAGAAGAGAAAUAUAUUGAGCAAUUUCAUAUCCAAGUGACCCAAGAAGAUGGAAAUAGAGUGGUGAUGAAAAAUUCUGGCCAUCUCCCAAGAGACAGAAUAGCUGAAGAUUUUGUUUGGGCUCAGUGGGAUAUGUCAGAGCAGAGGUUAUACUACAUUGACCUGAAGAAAUCAAGGAGUGUCUUAAAAUGCAUCCAGUUUUAUCCUAAUGAGAGCUUUACUUUAAUGUUUGAAGCACCUUUGGACAUAUCAUUAAGUGACUCGGGAUUGAAACUUGUCAACUUUGGAUGUGAUUAUUGUCAAGAAGAAGAGAAAUUAUCCAAACACUUGACUCUGUGUGUUUUUACCAACCAUACAGGGAGCCUGUGUGUAUGUUACUGCCCGAAGUUUGACUCUUGGGAACAAAUGACAUAUUCAGUAUUUUACUUUCAUAAAGGACACAGAAAGACCUUCACCGCUGAUCUUGGGAGCACUGGCUCACACGUGACAAAGGACAUUACUUUUCUCAACCUAGACUACUAUGUGGCUGUUUACUUACCUGGUCAUUUCUUUCAUCUACUUAACAUUCAGCAUCCAGAUUUGAUCUGUCACAGUCUGUUUCUGACAGGAGAUAAUGAAAUGAUCAAUAUGCUACCUCAUAGCCCUUUACAGUCACUGUCAGGGUCUCUGGUACUGGAUUGGUGUUCCGGAAAGCUCUAUAGAGCACUUCUCAACCAGUCGUAUUUAUUGCAGUUCUUGUGGAACACCUGCCUAGACUAUGAGAAGAUGGCUGUGCUGCACUGUAUACUCUCGUGUGGCCGCGAAGUACGAUCCUUGGAAGACCAGAUUAUUCAAUGGAUUUCUGAGAAUGUCUCUGCCUGCCAUUCAUUUGACCUUAUUCAGGAAUUUAUAAUUGCUUCAUCUUAUUGGAGCAUAUAUCCAGAGAAAAGUAAUGUGGAUAAACUUUUGCCAUAUUCCUCAAUGCUCACUUGGAAUACAGAAAUUCCUGGAAUAACCCUUGUAUCGGAAGCAUUGCCUCUUAUGAAAGUCCACAGCUUUAAAGGCUACUGGGAAAAACUGAACUCUAACCUAGAAUAUGUUAAGUACACCAAGCCUCACUUUCACUACAACAACAGUGUGGUCAGGAGGGAAUGGCACGACCUGAUCUCUGAAGAGAAAACAGGAAAAAGAAGAUCUACAGCAUAUGUGAGGAAUAUUCUUGAUAAUGCAAUAAAGGUGAUUUCUAACCUGGAAGCAAGAAAUUUGGAACCAAGAUCCACGCCCCUCUUGCAGGAGGAAGACAACCAACAGAGGCUGCUCAUGGGGCUGAUGGUGUCUGAGCUAAAAGACCAUCUUCUGAGACACCUACAGGGUGUAGAAAAGAAGAAAAUUGAGCAGAUGGUUCUGGACUACAUUUCAAAACUGCUGGAUCUCAUUUGCUGCAUAUUGGAAGCUAGUUGGAAGAAGCAUAAUCUUCAUCCCUGGGUUCUCCACUUUAAUAGGCGUGGCAGUGCUGCUGAAUUUUCAGUCUUUCACCUCAUGACCAGGAUUUUGGAAGCUACUAACAGUUUGUUUUUACCUCUGCCUCCUGGUUUUCAUACACUGCACACAAUCCUUGGGGUCCACUGUCUCCCUUUGCAUAACCUGCUGCAUUACAUCGAUAAUGGAGUGUUGCUUCUCACCGAAACUGCUGUCACAAGGCUUAUGAAAGAUCUGGACAAUACAGAGAAAAAUGAAAAACUAAAAUUUAGCAUCAUUGUGCGGCUUCCUCCGCUUUCCAAGAAACCCCAUCCUUCCCCACCCCUCUGUCUGCUGUUCCCUGCUGGGCCUACACAGAGCUUGCUCCUCUGGCUUCGUCCUGCCUUGACACAGCUCAUUGGUCAGAAGAUCUGCCGACUUUGGGAUCAUCCUAUGAGUUCUAACAUCAUUUCACGGAACCAUGUGACGCGGCUGCUUCAGAACUACAAGAAACAGACUCGGAAUUCUAUGAUUGACAAGUCAUCAUUCAGUGUAGAAUUUCUGCCUCUGAACUACUUCAUUGAAAUUCUGACAGAUCUAGAAUCCUCCAAUAAAGCUCUGUAUGCUUUUGACGGACAUGACAAUGUGGAUGCAGAAUUUGUAGAGGAGGCAGCUCUGAAACACACAACAAUGCUUUUAGGCUUGUAGAAGAGAAAACAUUGGAUCCGAUUCCAAUGUUUUUAAUGUUGCUCAUUGGCUUUACUCCUGUCAAGAAUCCUUUAGCAAAAUUUAAAAUUGGUAACAAACAUCUAAAUAUAUCAUUGAGUCAUCUGAAUUUCAGUUUGGUGUUCAUUAAGAGAGAGCUAAACUAACAUACCUCAUUCUAAUUUUGAACAGCCAAACCACCCAAAUGUAGAGAAGUAAUAAACAGCCCAAGAAGGCAAACAGUUGCAUACGUGAUGCCCUUCCAAGGGUCUCAUACUCCUAGUAGCUUAACAAGCCAAAAGCUAGCUUCUGUUUUACUCUAAAAUAAGAUUUGUUUUAAAAACAUAGGAAACGGUGCUUGAAAAGCAACCACUAGAUGUCCCAUUGAAAAUAACAUAACAAGCAGAAAAACUGGAUGUUGCAUAAGAAUUCUAUUUGGAAAGAGGAUACUUUUUAAAAAAUUGACUUUGGACUAUAUCAAGUCUGUUAUAUCCAAUACAAAAUAAUUUGUAAUAUACAAUGAUUUGUACCUAUAGUAUUUAGAGUGAGGUUUAUCUUUGUGAUAGUCCAAAUGGAACUGUAUUUAAUUUUUUAUAUUUAUAAAGUUCGAUUUAAUAAUAUACUAUCAUUAAAAAAAUGAGACAU